AUGAACAAUUUAAAAGUUUUCCACUUGCUACAUUUGUUAAGAGAGCCAAUGCCAUUUUUAACGUUAAACAAAUCAGCUGUUAUUCACAUUGAAGAUCACCUGAAGAAGUUUUCAAAAUUUAUCGUCAAAAAGGGUCUUGGGUUGCGUCAUUACUUUUACUCAAAAGCCUUGCAAUGUGAAUAUGACAUAAGUCACACAAUCUACAAGUUUCAAUGCAAAUUAAAGAAUGAUGUUGACACAUCUGGGUCAAUGGCUCCAAAUGUUGUUUUUGGACUAUUGCAGACUAUGACAAAACACUUUCGAUCAUGGAAAACUAAAGUUGACGAAUUAGCUGAACAAGGAUCGGUGUUGCCACAGUUAAACCUUGAUGAGGAACAUCUUACAAGCAUUAACACUUUAACAGCUGUCUGUUCUAUGGACACUAAUGAGGACACAGAGAAUGGUACAACAUGCAUAGCAUAA